GCAUUUUGCAUUUUAAUGGUGGAAUGGUAAAUGAAACUUGCCAUUAGCCAUAUCCCUGGAUUCACACCAAAUCUUGGGACUAAAAAUUAGUUUUAUCAGGUUUGAGGAACAUUUCCUUUGAAAUAAUAGCUGAGAAGAGGAUUCUUAGUAGACUAUUCUUUUGGUCGUGAUAUUGACAAAAUUGGUGGAUUCGAGAAGUUUUGAUCAAUAUACCUUUCUGUUUCUUACUAGGCUGUUAUGAGUUCUUUAAGUGAACAAUUAUCUUCUUUUAAGAAAAAAGUCGCCAAUCAACCUGUCUAUGCAAAACCACAAGUCCAUACAUCAGCAUCACCGACAGCCAGUGUCCGCUCAAAUACUCCAAAUGAUCCUGCUUCGGCAGUUUCAAGCCCUGGAUUGACGUUGAAGAAACGUCGCUCUAAGGCGAAUUUGGUGUACUCUCAACCAGCAGAUUCUGGGGUCGGAACCCAUUAUUUAUCUCAGCUUCAUUAUGCCGUCGAGUAUUUGAAAGAGAGAAAUGAACCUAAAACCGCAGAAGAGAUUGCUUCGUACCUCUCGACGCCGCUGACGCCUAUGCUAUUAAAACUCUUGAAGAAAAAUGACCGUAUUUAUUAUGAUGAACGAACAGAAACCUUCGCAUUUAAACCUUUACAUAACAUUCGCUCUGCCGCUGGUCUCUUGGCUUACUUAGAUUCCCAGAAGACACAUACAGGAAUGAGUAUUAAAGAGCUUAGAGACGGAUGGCCGAAUGUAGUAGCUGAACUAGAAGAGCUUGAAAAACUAGGGGAGGUUUUGCUAUUAAGAACACGAAAGGACGGAAUUCCUAGGAUGGUUUGGAGAAAUGACAAAAGCUGUAAUUGCUUUAUCGACAAAGAAUUCCAAACUGUCUGGCAUGAAAUUCCCAUUCCUCCUACCUUGGAUUUGGCGUCCGAACUUGGGAAAUAUGGCUUGAAGCCGACAAGCGUAGAUCCUUCAACCAUCAAGAGACCGACUGCGCCUACUGCCCAGAAACAGAAGAAACCAAAAACUAGACGUGGAAAAAUUACAAAUACUCACCUUAAUAUCCUUAGGGAUUACAGCUCUAUGAAACAAUAAUAAUGUCUACAACUUUGCAUUCCUUAGAUGUUGCUUAAGCGAUACUUUAUUGUGUCUUCAUGGUUUGCUUUCACCUUUUCUGGAUCAAUGAUUUUGCAUCGAUCAUUGCGUUGGCUCAAUCUUCUCUGCAUGGUGGGAAGUUCGAUGUCUUUUUUUGGGGAUUACCCAUGUUGUUUUUUAAUAAAAAAUUUUAAAUAUUGUACAGUAUUGUCAGUUUUACAACAGUUUAGUUGCAACAAUUUACGAGAAUUAGGGAAUGUAUAGACUUUCAUUUGUUUUGGUGAAUUCACUAUUUCGUGAAAAAUGUCGCUUUCAUUGUUUACACUAAUAAGCGAGGAAGAAUAGAACUUAGUGAUCAUUUAAGGAAGCCUCAACUAUUAUAAUAAAAC